AUGGAGGUGGUGGGCGACUUCGAGUACAGCAAGCGGGACCUCGUGGGACACGGGGCCUUCGCCGUGGUCUUCCGCGGGCGGCACCGCCAGAAAACAGAUUGGGAAGUAGCUAUCAAAAGUAUUAAUAAAAAGAACCUGUCGAAAUCACAAAUACUACUUGGGAAGGAAAUUAAAAUCUUAAAGGAACUUCAGCAUGAAAAUAUUGUAGCACUCUAUGAUGUUCAGGAAUUACCUAACUCAGUCUUUCUGGUGAUGGAGUAUUGCAAUGGUGGAGACCUGGCAGAUUAUUUACAAGCUAAAGGUACUCUCAGUGAAGAUACUAUCAGAGUGUUUUUGCAUCAGAUUGCAGCUGCCAUGAGAAUCCUACACAGCAAAGGGAUAAUCCACAGGGAUCUUAAACCACAGAAUAUCUUGUUGUCCUAUGCUAAUCGAAGAAAAUCAAGUAUCAGUGGUAUCCGCAUCAAAAUAGCGGAUUUUGGUUUUGCUCGUUACCUACAUAGUAAUAUGAUGGCUGCGACACUGUGUGGAUCCCCAAUGUACAUGGCUCCUGAGGUUAUUAUGUCUCAACAUUAUGAUGCUAAGGCUGACUUGUGGAGCAUAGGAACAGUGAUAUACCAAUGCCUCGUUGGAAAACCACCUUUUCAGGCCAAUAGUCCUCAAGACCUAAGGAUAUUUUAUGAAAAACACAGGAGCUUAAUGCCUAGUAUUCCCAGAGAGACAUCACCUUAUUUAGCUAAUCUCCUUUUGGGCUUGCUCCAGAGAAACCAGAAAGAUAGAUUAGACUUUGAAGCAUUUUUUAGCCAUCCUUUUCUUGAGCAAGUUCCAGUAAAAAAAUCUUGCCCAGUUCCAGUACCUGUAUAUGCUGGUUCUGUCCCUGGAAACUCCUGUGGCAGCUCUCCAUCGUGCCGUUUUGCCUCUCCACCAUCCCUUCCAGAUAUGCAGCAUAUUCAGGAAGAAAACUUAUCUUCCCCUCCAUUGGGUCCUCCCAACUAUCUACAAGUUUCCAAAGACUCUGCCAGUACUAGUAGCAAGAACUCUUCUUGUGACAUGGAUGACUUUGUUUUGGUUCCACACAACAUCUCAUCAGCAGACCACUCAUAUGAUAUGCCAGUGGGAACCUCUGGCAGACGUGCCUCAAAUGAGCUCUUGGUGUCUGGAGGGCAAUGUCAGCCGAAUGCAUCACCUCAUAGUGAAACCGCACCAAUUCCUGUUCCUACUCAGCUAAGGAAUUAUCAGCGCAUAGAGCAGAAUCUGACUUCUGCUAGCUCCGGCACAAACCUACCUGUGUCCCCAAGAUCUGCAGUUGUACGAAGGUCUAAUACCAGUCCAAUGGGCUUCCUCCGUCUGGGAUCCUGCUCCCCGGUGCCAGCCGACACAGUACAAACAGUUGGACGAAGGCUCUCCACUGGGUCUUCUCGGCCUUAUUCACCUUCCCCUUUGGUUGGUACUAUUCCUGAGCAAUUUAGUCAGUGCAGCUGUGGGCAGCCUCAGGUCCAUGAAUCCAGGAGUAGAAACUCUACAGGUUCUCCAGUACCACAGGCUCAGUCACCACAGUCUCUCUUACUGGGUGCUAGACUGCAGAUCGCCCCCACCCUCACCGACAUCUAUCAGAACAAGCAGAAGCUGAGAAAACAGCACUCUGACCCUGUGUGCCCCUCUCAUGCUGGGGCUGGGUACAGCUACUCCCCUCAGCCCAGUCGGCCUGGCAGCCUGGGAGCCUCUCCCACCAAGCAUAUGGGAUCCUCUCCACGGAGUUCUGACUGGUUCUUUAAAACUCCUUUACCAACAAUCAUUGGCUCUCCUACUAAGACCACAGCUCCUUUCAAAAUCCCUAAAACGCAAGCGUCUUCCAACCUGUUAGCCUUGGUCACUCGUCAGGGGCCAGCAGAAGGUCUAUCUAGAGAUGGGAAUGACCCCCAGACAUGCUCUCAUUGUGUCUCACUACAAAGAGGUGAGAAGCCGAGGACUGAACAGCAGAACAAGGCGGUGUUUGGCAGAUCUGUCAGUACAGGGAAAUUAUCAGAUCAACAAGUAAAGACACUCUUAGGUGGCCAGCUGCGUCCAGGUAGCACGGACAGCUUAAAUACAGAACGACCAAUGGAGACAGCUCCGGCCGGAACAUGUGGCGUUGUCCUGACACCUCCUGUAGGAGCUGCAGCAAGCUCUAGGACUGUCCUGUUCACUGUAGGGUCACCGCCACACAGUGCCACGGUCCCCACUGGUACCCAUAUGGUACUUCGAACAAGAACAACUUCAGUGGGGUCCAACAGCUCUGGAGGCUCCCUCUGCUCUGUGAGUGGCCGUGUAUAUAUGGGCUCCCCACCUGGGGUGUGUUCAGGAUCGUCCCCUCCACAAGCAGAGGCUACUCCCAGCCUGAGAUACAUGCCUUACGGUGCUUCACCCCCCAGUUUAGAGGGGUUCAUCACCUUUGAAGCUCCUGAACUGCCUGAGGAGACACUGAUGGAGCGUGAGCACACAGACACCUUGCGCCAUCUGAAUACGAUGCUGAUGUUUACUGAGUGUGUCUUGGAUCUGACAGCCAUGAGGGGAGGAAAUCCAGAGCUGGGCACAUCUGCUGUCUCCUUGUACCAGAUUCAAGAGAGUGUGGUUGUGGACCAGAUCAGCCAACUGAGCAAAGACUGGGGGCGGGUAGAACAGCUGGUGUUGUACAUGAAAGUAGCACAGCUGCUAGCAGCUUCUCUACAUCUUGCCAAAGCCCAGAUUAAGUCCGGGAAACUGAGCCCGUCCACAGCUGUGAAACAAGUCAUCAAAAAUUUGAAUGAACGAUAUAAAUUCUGCAUCACCAUGUGCAAGAAACUUACAGAAAAGCUGAAUCGCUUCUUCUCUGAUAAACAGCGAUUUGUUGAUGAAAUCAACAGUGUAACUGCAGAGAAACUCAUCUAUAAUUGCGCUGUAGAAAUGGUUCAAUCUGCAGCCCUGGAUGAGAUGUUUCAGCAAACUGAAGAUAUUGCUUAUCGUUAUCAUAAGGCAGUCCUUCUUUUGGAAGGCUUAACUAAGAUUUUACAGAAUCCUGCAGAUAUUGAAAAUGUACAUAAAUAUAAGACUAGUAUUGAAAGAAGAUUAUCGGCACUUUGCUAUAGUACCGUGAUGAUCUACAGAUGA